AUGCUCCGCUGGUACUCGCGCAAGCUCGCAUCGCGGCCGCUGCUGACGCAGGCCGUCACGACAGCGGUGCUGUUUGGCGUGGGCGACGUGACAGCGCAGCAGAUCGUCGAGAAGAAGGGCCUUGACAAGCACGAGUUUUCGCGCACGGGACGCAUGUUCCUGUACGGUGGUGCCGUCUUCGGCCCCGCCGCAACAAAGUGGUACGGCAUCCUACAGAAGCGCAUCGUGCUGCGCAACAAGAACGCCGAAAUGAUGGCGCGCGUAGCGGCCGACCAGCUCCUCUUCGCGCCCGUCUUCAUCGGCGUCUUCCUGUCUUCCAUGGCGGUCAUGGAGGGCUCGUCUCCGAAAGACAAGCUACGAAAAAGCUACGCGCCCGCCCUGCAGACCAAUUAUCUGGUCUGGCCUUUCGUGCAGAUGGUCAACUUCAAGUUCGUCCCGCUCGACCACCGCGUGCUCGUGGUUAAUCUUGUCAGUAUUGGCUGGAACUGCUACUUGAGCAUGGUGAAUAGCCAGAAGUAA